CUCUCAAAACAGCGGCUUCCCCGUCUUCCGACUUGGGGCCCUUGAAAGACUGCAUCAGUGUUCUCUUCAGCUUCACCCGUCGGGCGACUGAGGACCCACAGUUCCAGAGUGACGUUCUCUCGUGGCUUCGGAGGCUGGUCGCCCUCUUGCAAAGAGUGGCUUCUCCAGGAGACCAUCUUUUCCUCUUAAACCACAUCCUCCGGUGUCCAGCCAGCGUCUGCGAGUGGGCUGCUCCAUUUGUCCAGAUCCAGAUUCUGGAUAACCCAUCUGGUGUCUUUCACUUCAUGCAGGCCCUCGCUUUGCUCAUGUCUCCUGCCAAAAAUCGAGCGGAAUUUAUGUGCCAUAUGAAGCCGAGCGAACGAAGUCUUUCCUCAUCCGGGGCGGGAUCUGGAAACUGGACUUUAGUCGACGAAGGCGGAGAAGAGGAUGAAGAUCCCGAAACUAGUUGGGUCCUUCUUCUCGAAGAUGACUUGGUGGCCCUUUUGACUCAGUUCCCCUUCCACGAACUCUUCCAGCACAUGCUUGGCUUUGACGCUAAAGGCAGCUAUGUCCCCGAGAAGACAACUUCCCAAACAAUGAUGAAAAUGCUUGCCUUCGCGAAUUCUGUCGUGAAUCUUCUCGCGGUGGGGCUGGAAACCUUCAACCGAGCCCGUUACAGGCAGUUUGUGAAGCGGAUUGGCCAUCUCAUCCGGAUGACGCUGUGCCACGUGAGUGACCACUGGGCCCAAUUUGUCAGCCGUGCGAAGGAGAGCGGCCCCACGAUGCCGCCAUAUUCCUUGAAGAAGUUGCAAGUGGAAUUUGAUGAGUUUUUCCUGAGGGCUGUACUCCAUGUCCUGAAAGCGAAAAGACUGGGCGUCUGGCUCUUCAUGUCCGAGAUGCCUUACGGGACGCUCUCCAGCGACAUGCUUUGGAAGCUCUUCUCCAUCAUGCACUGUGACGGAAGCGAAGAUCUGGAGAAAUUCAGCUCCACCCUGCAGCUGGCUGAGUUGAAGCAGAGACUCAAAGAUCCGGCCCAUCUGGAGACCUUUGAGCGUUACCUACAAUCCAUGAACAGCUCCGAGGAGAUCUGCUUGCUGACUACCUUUGCCGAGAUGGCCCAGACCAAACGGGAGGACGUUGACGAGGACUUCGUGAAAGUGGUGGUGCUGGAGAUCUAUGAGGUAUCUUAUGUCAGUCUUUCCACAAGAGAAACCUUUUCAAAAGUCGGCCGAGAGCUCCUGGCCGCCAUCACUGCUGUUCAUCCAACGAUGAUUUCUGUCCUGCUGGACCGAGUCAGGGAGACCAUUGAGAGUGUCGGCAUGGUGACUCUCUAUUUGUUUAAAGAACUGCCGAUGCUUCUCUGGAAACCAUCGGCUUCGGAGAUCGCCUUGCUCCGUGACUGGCUUCUGAAUUACAGUCUGACCGAAGUCGAGAAUAAACUUGCUUGCAUUAUCCUGGAAGAGAUGAAUUGGGGCCCUAGUGAGCAGCAGGGCUACCUCCACAUCGGUCCAGCAGUCCACGCGGAAGUAGCACUGAUGAUCUUAGAAGCCUAUCAGAAGUAUCUCCCCCAGAAGCCCUACAGCGGACUCCUUUCUGAAAGCUUCAAACAGGUCUCGUAUCUGGCCAGCAUUGUCCGUUACGGCGAGACCCCCGAAAGCUCCUUCAACCAGUGGGCCUGGGGGAUGAUUUUGAGAUUAAAGCUGCACAGGAAUGAUUACGGCGUGCAGGGACCCUGGCCUCCAGCCCCCAUCCCCGACUUGACGGAUUCACCUACUUUUCACCCGCUGCUGAAGGCGGUCCGAUCUAGUCUCCCCAUUGGCUGCUACCUGGCCUUGGCGAUGUCCGCUGUUGGCCACAGUAUUGACAGCUUCUGUGCUGAAGGCAUCCCUUUUCUGGGCAUUCUAGUACAGUCACGGCAUUUGAGGACCGUGGUUCACGUCCUGGAUAAAGUGUUGCUGCUGUUCUACCCGUGCCAUUACUACCUUCUCAAGAACGAAAAGUUUCUCUCCUUCUUCCACCAGUUCCUUCAGCUGGACAGUGGUGCUCCCCAAGGGAUGACUCAGCAGAUGACCCACAGGGUGACUCAGCAUUUGACCUGGACAAGCUACGGCAAAAAUGUUAAGCUGUUGAACUCCAUGAUUCAGGGCCACAUUUUUAUGAGCAGCCACCCGAGCGGAAUUGGCCCGGCUGCCGUGUUUGAAUUCUGGGUCCAGCUCCUGACCAGCCAGCCGCUGUGGCACAAGGAGAGAGCCGUCCUGGAGCUGAUGGACGGCCUGUGCCAAGCUGCGUUCCAGUUCAACCAGGAGGACUGCGUGCAGAAAUUGCUCUACCAGCAGCACAAGAAUGCUCUAGGCUAUCACAGUGACAAAGGGCUGCUGUCCUCCUUGGUCAGCUGGAUUGUGGCAGGCAACAUCACACCUUCCUUCGUCGAGGGAAAUGCUAACCACACACAGCUUCUGCUACCCAAAGAUGGCUGCGUCGGGCGGCGAUUCUUCCAGGCUCCUGCUCACCUUAGCCUGCUGAACGACCUGAAGCAGCAUCUGAUUGAGGCCACCGACUUCCACCAUUCAGCUAGCAAAGUGCUCCAGUUGGACAGCCCAGCAGGCGGGAACGAAAAUCCGACCGCCAAAGGCUUCAGCAAGGCCAAUUAUGUGACUUUCUUAGAGCUUCACAAGGACCUUGUCAGGCUUUUUUCCACAUUUGUUCUGUGGCUGGAAGAAGAAAGGUUCCAGAAAGGGGACACCUACAUUCCCUCUUUGCCCAAGCAAUACGAUGGACAUCGGCUUGCCAAGAUUAUGCAGAACCAGCAGGAUCUCUGGAUGGAAUUUGUCAACGUUCAGCAGAUUCAGCAUGAGUUCCAGGAAACUUUAGACCUCUGGUUUCGAGUCAGAGUGGGACCCCUUCCUGCCUCAAGUGCUUCACCGGCACAGACCGACUUCACCGACCCUUUGUUAGCCAAGGAAAGGAUCAUCAGCAGCUUGAAGAAAUACGAUGAGCCCCAGCCCCCUCUGCCUCUUCAACCGAUGAAAGCUCCGGUGCCGGUCAUUUCCCCGGCUAGCUUGGUAAACCAACAUGAAGCCAAAGAAUUGACUUGCACUAACCUCAGGGUCUUUCAACAGCAUGCGAGACGGGCAGCGCUUCGGGAAUCCCAGCAAGUGGCUUUCAGUAGCGAGAUGCUGGACACGUUGCCAAAGCUUUACAUCAACCGAGAAGAACAAGUUACUCUCCACCUGGAGUGCCGGGCUGGAUCGGGGAAAAGUUGCCACGGAGCAGCUCAUGUAACAAUCCAGUUUGAGGGCAAGCACAAAAACGAGGCCAUCUGCCAGCAGUUGGACGUUUUGGAGAAAGAAAUGAAGCACCUGCAGGCGGAAGCUGCUCAGAUGCCUCCUCUGAGUGUGGUCGGAGCUGCGGUCUACGUGGAGAACUUUAUAACAGGCUUAAUAAAUAUCUAUAAGCUUCAGCCUAGCCCGAGGAUUCAGCGAAUUGGAAUCAGUCUUUUUUUUGCCAUCGUGGAAUAUGUGUCUGAUGAAACGCAGCGUCACCCACCAUCCAGGCAGUUCUUCACUUCCUGUAUCGAGAUCCUCGGCCAGGUGUUUAUCGUCGGGACCAAGUCCGAAUGCCAGCGGGUUCUACAAACCAUUCUGAAGAACCGGAGGCUUUGCACGCUGCUCUCCCCCUACUUCACCCCUGUUGCCUCCCCGGAGGAGUUUGUCAACUUGUACGAGAAAGUUGUGGCUCUCCUGGGCGACCACAACAGCGACGUCAUUUUCAUGCUCCUGACAAAGUUUGACCUCCUGGAAUGGCUGCAGGGUUCAAAACCUGCCCUGUCGGAGCGUGGCCAGCUUUUGGAGUCCAUCCAUGUGGGCCUCAAGACCUGUGGCUUUGAGCCCGAGAAGGACGGCUUAAUGCCUUUUUCCAUCUUCUGCAAACACUGGGUUUGUCUCCUCCAGUACCAGUUCCCUGACCACUACAGCAGUUUUCUGAGGCUCCUCCUUCAAAGUUCUUCAGAUCAGCUCCUUAGCCCUGACUGUUGGAAAACAUCUCUGAAAGCUUUGGGCUGCCCCAGCUCCAUCCCAGCAAAGGAAAACGGAAGGAAAGAAAUGGCUGACCCAAGCCUCCCCCUGCAGCCUUCCACGGAGCCAAUUUUAUCACCUGAACAGGUCAUGGAGACCAUAGAGUGGUUGUCCAACUACUUCCUCAAACUGCGGUUGUCUUCUCAAGACUAUCGAAGUUUCGGACUGUUUUCCAAGUGGGCACCUUACGUGGCUCAUGUCAGGCGUCUGAUGCAGUAUCUGCUCCACCGUCUAAUUGACUCAAAAAUGGACAGCUUGUCACGGGAGCCCGUAGGCAGCAACAGGGUGUUUGAAGCUUUGCAUUCUCUAUUUCUAGUGACCAUUCAACUCUUCAAGCCGUGGCUUGAGGUUUUAGAGGGAGAAGAAACGAGCAAACAUCGCUGCUAUCCCUGGCUGGAAAGUGACGCCUCUCUUUCGUCGACAAUGGUGGAGUUGUUUGCAUCCAGCGUAGACCUCCUACACAAAAGUUUUAAAGACAAGGUUCUUCCCAGCGACCCGGGAGUCCUCUGGCUCCUCGUCAUGCACUACAGCGAGUCGUACACGGCGCCCAAAAUGCCGGAGCACGUCCUGCACCUCUUCCACACGGAGUUGGGCCGCCUGCCUUGGAAGGAGGUUCACCCGGAUCAGCACCUGAUGGAGAAAUUCUUUAAGGUAGAAAGAGGCAGCCCCAAGAGUUGCUUCCUCUUCUUGGGCUCGGUGCUGUGUGAGGUCAACUGGGUCAGUGCCCUCGCUGACGCCUGGGAUCCCGCCCCACCCCCGGACACCCACAGCCUGAUCGUCUGCCUGCUCUACAUGGUGGUCCUGCUGGCCAAAGAGGAAGAGCUUGUCACCAAAGAGCAAUCUCCACUGCUCAACCUCCUGGGCCAGGCCAGCUCCCUUCCCUGGCAGCAUGUCAACAUGGCCUCCUAUCAGAGCAUCCUCGGUUACUUCAAUAGCCACUACUCCCCCUCCAUCCUUCUGGCCAAGGAACCGGCGGCUGAACUGGUGGUGAAGCUCUUGAAAGUGUCGGCCGGCUUCAGCACCUCGUUUGACAGCAGCCGGCACCCUGAUGCCAGCCUGAAGUGCCAAGCCUUCAUCCGCCAGAUUGUCCGCUUCCUUGGUCUUCUGGAACAAAAUGGGACAAUUGCUCCAGCAGUCCUGGAGCAGGAGUUUUCAAAACUGCUGGAGGAUAUCGCCCUCUUUAGUCCUCCAGGUGCCGACGUCCAGCUUCGCAGUCUGUCCUUAAGCAGCCUCUUUGCCGAAGCCCUGAUGGUGAUCAACAACGCCAGUGCUGCCUCGGCAGGAUCCCUCCUGGCUUGUCUCUGCCGCUGGAUUGACAGCACAGUGCGUGGCUUAGGGGUAAUGCCGCUCUUAAGAGCCUCUUGUCAAAGUUUGGCAUCUGUCCAACACAUGGCCAUGACGAUGGAGGCUUGUGUCACCGCCUACUUUAACGAAGACCCUCCUCUCAACCAAGACUUGGGCUGGGGACCCAUUGUGGCCUCCCUGCAGGUUCCAGAACUGGCAGCCGAAGACUUCCUGCAAGCGUCCCUGUCGUCGGGAGGCUACCUCACCCUCUAUGUUUACACACUGCAGCAGCUGAAGGCCGAGCGGACGCCGAGCAACGAGAUGAGGGCGCUCUUAACUUUGAGCAAGUGGUCGGAACAGGUGUUUCCCAGCUCUGCCCAGGACGAAGCUAAACUCUUCCUCUGGUGGCACAAAAUCCUGCAGCUCUGCCUGCUUCAAGCUGAACAGGAAGAUGCCAUCUUGAUGGAAUCGGUCAUCCGGGUCUUGACCUCUCUGCAAGGCCGGCAGAGCCUGCUGGCUGAAGAGAGACUCACCUCUGGACUCCUCGGUGCUAUUGGGCUGGGCAGGAGAUCUCCUUUAUCAAACAGGUUCCGUGUCCUCGCCCGGAGCAUGUCCGCCUUCCUCCUGGUGCAGCUUCCUCUGGAGAAUCAAAUUCGCCUGCGAUCGGGGCUGGAAUUGCAGUCGUCUUCCAAAGCUCAACAGGCUCUCAACGCUUUGGAUUCGCUGGCGUCCAACAAGCAAUACGCGGAAUAUCAAGGUCAGAUCCUGCAGGCCUCCCAGUUCAUCAAGGACUCUCAACAUUGCCUCCACGACGGGACUCACCUGCUGGCUAUCCUCCUCAACACUUUGUACGCGGAAGUGCGUUACCUGGACGCGAUACGAUAACAGGAGAAGCCAACCGGGGGCGGUGGUGGUGUCCCCUCUCUGCCUCUUGCACUAAUCAUGGAUUACGUUCAGUUUACAGUCGGCGAUAAUGUUGCAUAAGUGAUUCCCGGGGGUUUUGCUGCUCCUCCGAGGCGAACGGAAGGAUGGAGGAAGGAAGGAUGGAAGGGAAAGUUCGAGUUUCUGUUGCUGUACUCGGAAAGCGCUUGGGAAGCACUUGGCUUCCUGCGCAAGAGGCCAAACCCAGAUCAUUUCAUCGGGGUUUGUUCAGGAGAGUCACUUGCGUGGUGUCAAGGCAAAGUCCGGAAUCGGCUCUGUUUAGCGGUGCCCAUUUCUGACCCUUUUUUUUAUUGGACUGCAUUUUUGUUCGCCCUUUUUCCAACUUGGCUCUUGUGCCAUCUUCUUCGUCAUUAUCUUUUUUUCCCCCCCAAAUGUGGAAUUUGCGGACCUCUUCCCAUCUCAAAACUGUCAAAAAUCACAUCCUUGACUUCCUGCUCUCUUUCGUUCGUUUUACAUCUCUCCCUGAAGCAAAUGCUGCGUCCCUCGUUUCGGGAUUUUCAAAAUAGAUCCCGUCUGCAAAUUAAAUCCGAGACUGUUGGGGUUUUUUUUUGCCCCGUCUACAACGCUGGAUUUACCUCUGUGGAAGGAUAUGGAGAAGGGAGACACUCUGCACAAUUGAUUUUUUUGUUAUCCUCUUGCUCGUAAU